AUGGCUUUUAAGGGCGAGGACCACCUAGAUUCACUUCCAUUACCUGUUCAGCGCAUGCACUUGAUUCAGGUGGACUCUGUUCAGCGAUGGAUGGAAGAUUUGAAGUUGAUGACAGACUGUGAAUGUAUGUGUAUUCUCCAGUCCAAGCCAAUCAGCAUUGAGAAGGAUGAACAAAAUGAACUUAUCCUUUCCUCACAAUAUAGCACAUGUGAUAACUUACAGCUACUAUUAAAAAGAGCUUGGAUCAUAAGCACAGAGUUGACCAGGACUGCUCAAAAGCUGGAGAAGAAUAGAUGGCAGCGAGUCCACAGCAUGACUGUAAGAGUCAACUGCCAUGUACGGUCAAUGAUAAAUGAAUACAGUACGUUCACCAGGGAUUCUUCAGAAGAAAUGCACCAGUUUGAAAAACUUUUAAUAGACAAGUGUUCAGAAUUUACAGCAUUCACAGAAAGGUGCAUCCAAACUGAAGAUGAACAGAUACUGCAGUCCAUGAAAUCUUGUAUUAAUGAAACACUCACUACCAUUGCUCAGUAUUUUGGCCAGUUGAUAGAGCUGGUUUUAACACAUGAGGCACAGAACCUGCUGAGACAAAUAGAAUUGUCGGAUAGUGUGUACAUCACUGAGUCAGCAAUUAGUAGUUUAUUCAGUCUUACCCAGGAAGGUGCUCAUCUGUGCCGUAUCAUAGCUAAGGAAGGAGGUGUAGUUGUUCUCUUUAAGAUCUGUCGCCAGGAUUGUUUCAGGUGCCUUUAUCCCCAGACGCUGAGAACGUUGGCAUCCAUUUGCUGUGUAGAGGAAGGGAUGCACCAGCUGGAAAAGGUUGAUGGGAUACUGUGCCUGGCUGACAUUCUUACUGAUAACACCCAUUCUGAAGCUACUCAUGCAGAAGCAGCAGCAGUUAUUGCACAGAUCACAUCUCCACAUCUCACGUUCACUCAGCAUCUCAGCAGCUUUCUGGAAAAUAUGGAAGAAAUUGUAACAGCACUUGUCAGACUGUGCCAAGAAGCCUCAUCUGGUGAAGUUUUCCUGCUGGCUUCAGCAGCUCUUGCCAAUAUUACUUUCUUUGAUACCAUGGCUUGUGAAAUAUUGCUCCAGUUGAAUGGAAUGAAGAUUCUUCUAGCAGCAUGUUCAGACAAACACAUAGUGGAUACUCCAUAUUCCCGAGAUCAGGUGGUAACAAUAUUGGCAAACAUGUCUGUCUUGGACCAGUGUGCUUCAGAAAUCAUUCAAGGAAAUGGUGUUCAACUUUUAAUGGAAAUGCUCUUUGAAAGAUCAUCCUCAGGAAAUUCAGCAGAAGUUGCUGCUUGUGAGCGAGUCCAACAGAAAUCUGCAGUUACGCUGGCACGACUCAGCCGAGAUCCUGAAGUGGCAGAUGCAGCCAUAAAACUCAGCUGUAUUCCUCGCCUAAUUAAACUUUGCAGAUCACCAACUGAAAGAAAUAACAGUGAUUCUGUUUUAGUGGCAUGUCUGGCAGCCUUACGGAGACUAGCAGUUAUGAGUCCUGAUGGACUUGAAGAUUCAGAUUUUCAGCAGCUAGUAAAGCCCAGACUUGUGGAUUCCUUUCUGCUAUGCACAAAUAUGGAAGAGAGCUUUGUAUAAAUGUGAGCCAAAACCUUUGAAAAAUAAUCAAGAUGAUAGGUACACAAUAAGAUAAUACAUAUACAAUUUUAUUUAGUUUUAGUCCUAUUGUUAUUUAUGACUUAUUUAUUUAAAACCAUGAACACGUGGUUUGUAGGAGCAAAGAAACAGAAUGAGCAAACUUGUUUCAGUGGUUUGCAAAGGUAA